AAGCUUCUUAUUCAACGUCUCAGACGGUGAGACGGCGAAGAGGAAGACAGUCUGACCCUGCGAUGGCGUACGUUAGCAUGGGCGAGGCUCACCGGCGGAUAACAGAUUUCCUCAGCCGGUUUUACGAUGCCAUCUCCUCCCAAGACGGCGCCGCUCUCAGGUCCCUUCUCGCGGUCUCCUCCAACUCUUCCCUACUCCUUUCCCUUGCCGACGCCCUCAACAUCUUCCAGGAUUGGGCUCGAUUGGUGAAGCAAGCGGACAGGAACUCGCAGCAGCUUGGAGAAAUCCUCGUCCCUCACCUCCGCUGCAUCCAGAGCUUCCGAAUUGGGCGAUUCGUUGAGGCUUACGUCGCCUUCGAGAAAUCUGCCAAUGCGUUUCUACAGGAAUUUCGGAACUGGGAGACGGCGUGGGCGGUGGAGGCUGUGUAUGUGGUCGCUCAUGAAAUCAGGGUGCUUGCAGAAAUGGCUGAUAAAGAGUUGUCUUCCAUGGGGAAGAACCCUGAGAAGUUGCAGGGGGCUGGCUCUUUCCUCAUGAAGGUGUUCGGGGCACUUGCGGGUAAAGGUCCUAAACGUGUUGGAGCAUUGUAUGUUACUUGUCAAUUGUUUAAAGUUUACUUCAAGCUAGGUACUGUGCAUUUGUGUAGAAGUGUUAUUCGAAGUAUUGAAACUGCUAAAAUCUUUGAUUUUGAAGAGUUCCCUUCUAGUGAUAAGGCCACCUACAUGUAUUAUACAGGCCGUUUGGAAGUUUAUAAUGAGAACUUCGUUGCUGCUGAUCAAAAACUAACGUAUGCUUUGAUGCAUUGCAACUCUCAGUAUGAAGCUAAUUUGAGGAUGAUUUUGAAGUAUCUCAUACCUGUAAAGCUUUCUAUAGGAAUCUUGCCGAAGAUGACUCUUUUAGAAAAGUACAAUUUGAUCGAGUAUACUAAUGUUGUGAAAGCGCUAAAAAGUGGUGAUCUCAGACUGUUGAGGCGAGCACUUCAAGAGCAUGAAGAUCAGUUUUUAAGGACGGGCGUUUACCUUGUUCUUGAGAAGCUAGAGCUCCAAGUUUAUCAGAGACUACUUAAAAAGAUCCAUAUGAUUCAGAAACAGAAGGAUCCGAGCAAGGCACAUCAGAUCAAGUUGGAUUUGAUAGUUAAAGCAUUGAAGUGGCUUCAAGUAGACAUGGAUGUUGAUGAGGUGGAGUGUAUCAUGGCAAUUCUCAUCUACAAGAAUCUUAUCAAGGGCUACUUUGCUCACAAGAGCAAGGUGGUAGUCCUCAGUAAGCAAGAUCCCUUUCCAAAAUUGAAGGGCAAGCCAGUUAGUUCUUAAUCAAUAGCUUGAGUUGUU